UUUCUGAAGGGUAUCACUAAAAUUGCUAAAAUUAACAACACUCUGCUGAAAUUGAGAAAAAAGAAAAACACGGGAAAUUGUUAAUUAAAACCAUAACCUACAUCGGCCAAGGCAAGCACAGACUAAACCAUGACGUGGAAAAAGCAGAUGGCAACUCUCGCAAUGCCCUACUACUGGGUGAAUAUAUUGAUGGCCCUUUCGUAUUUGCUGGCCAAGAAGACAAAGUUUAUAUGCACCCGCAUCUUCAACCUUGGAGAAGAGGACGAUGUCUGCGAUCUCGACAGCCGCGAGGCAGAAAUACUAUUCUUUUUACUUAUCGUCGUUAUGAUAAGGUCGCGCAAAACCGGCAGCGUCACCAUGAUUAACUAUCUGUCGUCGUCGUUCCUCUACACAAAGGUGGCCAAUGCCAUACUCUGGGGCUACGCCGACUUUCGCUUUGGCCUGGGCUUCCUUCUGAUGUGCGUGCUGGUGGGCAUGGUUCUGCCGGAGCCGUCGUACCGGGGGCCCGAGCACAUAACCUACUUCCGCAAUUCCCAGGUGUUUGAGGAGGAGCUGGUGCGGGACAAGCGCACCAGUUGGUUGAUUUGCUUCUACACCGUUUGGAAUCCGAGCUGUGUCCACUUCGCGCCCGUGUUUGCCGAACUCUCCCACGAGUAUAACGCUGAGCAUCUUCGAUUUGGAAAAAUUGACAUCGGCCGUUUUCCGGAUGUGGCGCAGAAGUAUCGCAUUUCGGACAGCAGCUUCUCCCGCCAGUUGCCCACAGUUGUGUUGUUCCAGCAGGGCAAAGAAGUGGACCGUCGGCCCUGCGUGGAUAACAAGGGCAAGCUGCAGAAGUUCUUCUUCUCCAGCGACAAUGUACGUGCCACAUUUGGACUGAACCAGCUAUACAAGCAGGCUAUGGAGCGGUUGCCGGAACCUGCCAAGAAGACAACGUCUCCUCUGGAGUCCAAGAAGUCGCAGUAGUCACUGCUCCCAGCCAUCAAUCUCAUUUCUGCGUGCACGUGCUAAUGUUUGUUUAUUAUAUAGUUUUUAGUUUAUUUUAAUUUAUUGGGUGCCCGCCACCGUUAUCAACUUGUGGUCGUUCCACAAAACGACGUCGCUGCCACCGCCUCGAGGACACGUACAAUUGCACUAAUAAUUGAAACUACUUGUCACUGAAUCGUGUACUAGCAUACGUAGCCAUUUUAUGAAUUACAUAUUUAAUUUGUAGCUAACCAGAUGUAUUCAAAUUGUGGAAUGAGUAAACGGAUUAUGUGUAA